AGGGUGGCCGAUCGACCCCCCUCGCUUUACCAUACCAAAUACACCCACCCCAUUUGUCGGAUCCGUCCAGAAUAAUCCGCCAGAAUUGAGCCGCCUAUGUACAUCAAGAAGGACCCGCGAAAGGAAGGGGUAACCAUGCGCGAGAAAAAAGGAGGUGCUCUGCAGAAGAUAAAAAAGCGAUUAUCGCACAGCUUCGGCCGAUUAUCGAUAUCGCGCGAGGAAAGCGACGACUCGACGCAGCAGAACAACCACCAUCAUCAUCCGCAUCAUCACCACCAUCACCACGGACAUGGUCACAAUCGUGGCGGUAAAGUGCCCUUCAACGGUUACACAUCCGAGGAGUACCUCGACCGACUGGAACCAAACGGCAACAUCCCGGCCGAUAAGUCCUACAGCAAACAUGGCGACGUGCGGGACUGGAACAGAGUAGGCGACCACGAGCGAGUCCAUCGGCAGCUUUCAGUGUCGUCCGACAGCAAACUGCUGGACGACGACAUCCGGGAGGAAACACGUGUGAUAAUGCGACCUAAGAAGCCACCUCGGCCGAAAUCCGAAGUGUUCUUGAACAAGCACGACCCGCACCCGAGAAGGAAACGGUUUAGUGCAUUCGGGGGUGACUCGCCAUUCGGCAAAUCAGAAGCUUACAUUAAACUAGAGCAACUCGGUGAAGGAUCCUACGCAACGGUAUUUAAGGGUUAUAGCAAUUUAACAAAUCAAGUGGUAGCGUUAAAGGAAAUCCGGUUACAGGAAGAGGAAGGUGCACCGUUCACAGCCAUACGCGAGGCAUCCCUGCUGAAGGAACUGAAACAUUCGAACAUCGUGACCCUGCACGACAUCGUGCACACGCGCGAAACGCUCACGUUCGUCUUCGAGUUUGUGAACACGGACCUGUCGCAGUACAUGGAGCGGCACCCAGGCGGGCUCGAUCACCGGAACGUGCGGCUGUUUCUCUUCCAGCUGCUGCGAGGGCUCUCCUAUUGCCAUAAGCGGCGGGUGCUGCAUCGGGACGUGAAACCGCAGAACCUGCUCAUCAGCGAGAUGGGCGAGCUGAAGCUGGCCGAUUUUGGAUUGGCCCGGGCCAAGAGUGUUCCAAGCCACACGUACUCGCACGAGGUCGUCACGCUGUGGUACCGACCACCGGAUGUGCUGCUCGGUAGCACGGAGUAUUCCACCUCGCUCGACAUCUGGGGCGUCGGGUGCAUCUUCGUGGAGAUGAUCACCGGCAUGCCGACGUUCCCGGGCAUACGCGACACGUACGAUCAGCUGGAUAAGAUCUUCAAAAUCCUCGGCACACCGACGGAGGAUUCGUGGCCCGGGGUAACGCACCUACCGGGAUACAAGCUGCAAAUGUUAGGCUUCUUCAAACCCCGCAAGCUCGGACUGAGCUUCCCCCGGUUGUACGACAUCAACGAGGGCGAAACGAUGGCCACCUCGUUCCUGCAGCUCAAUCCGGACAAUCGGAUAAGCGCGGACGAGGCGCUACGCCAUCGGUACUUUGCGUCGUUGCCAAAAAAGCUAUACGAACUGCCGGAUGAGCUCUCCAUCUUCACGGUGGAAGGUAUUUACUUGCAUCCGGAACCGAACCGCCACCAUGGGCACCGUGCAUGAGAGUUAAGACAAAG